AUGCUGCUCGAGCUUCCCUUCCUGCGCAAGGUGAAGGAGCUGCUGAAGCGGUGGGGAGGGCUUGUGCAGGAGAAGGCGGGGGAUGAGAGUGAGAUCAGGUGGGUGAGGUAUGAGGGGCAGGAGACGGCGGCUCUACACGGCUGGGCAAGGCUCAAGGGCUUCGAUCGGUCGAUUGAGAAGCUGCACAGGUCAUACAAGGGGAAAGUGUGGAGGCUGCUCGACGUGGUGCGGCAAUCAAUGGUGUUCGAGAGCCUGGAAGAGAUCGUGAGAUGCUUAAAAGGGAUCUGCGAGGACCAGGAGCUCGUCAUCCUGCGAGUUAAGAAUCGGUUCGAUCCGGACUUCACGUCGCAGCAGUCAGGAGCAUACCGAGACGUGUGUCUCAACGUCCGUCUUGACAACGAGGAGACUCAUCGGCUGGGGGUCAACUUUCACGUGUGCGAGCUGCAGCUGUCGCUCAAGGACUACAAGAGCUGGGCCAUGCACAGCAAUGGGCACCAGCGAUACGUGGCGUAUCGAAACACGCGAGCGGAGUGAAGGUGUUUUCAGGUCCUGGGCCUUCGGAAGUGUUGAAGGUAGAACAUAGUUUCGAUCCGUUCCUCGCGUUUCAUCUCUAACUUGCCAAGUUGUUAAAAACCGUCCGGCG